CUUCGGUGGGCGGCGUCACCGAAAACUCCACGCGAGUGGCGGAUAAACUUCACGAAUGUCAAUACUGAGUGAACAACAUAAGUUACGUCUACGCGCUUUUCUUUGUUUUUCUUCUUUUAACUCAUGCGAAGAUGCCACGCAAAAAGCCUUUUAGUAACAAGCAGAAAAAGAAGCAGCUCCAGGUGAAACGCGAGAAAAAGCGAGGAGAAACAUGUUCAAGUCCCAGUAGCCGUAAUCCCAGUGUGGAGAGAGGAACUGGCAGAAACAGACAGUCAGAUACAUCAGACAGUGAGACGACAGACAUUACGAGGAUCAACAAUCAGCCUGUCCCCAGAGAUGGCAAAUAUGACCCCAACAGAUUCCAUCUGCACUUUGAGAAGGAGACCAAAGAGGAAGUGGAAAGAAGGAAGAAAAUAGCGAUGAAGAAAAUCCUCAAGCCGGUGGCAGAAAAGGAGCUGGAGAUGGAUAUAAACCAGAUAUACCCAGAAGAGAAAGGCCUGAAUUUCCCUCGGCGACCCUCAUGGCAUUAUGGUAUGCGGAGAGAGGAGCUACUGCGGAAAGAAGAGAAGUCAUUUCAGGAGUAUCUGGAAGCUCUUCACUCUAAGAACCCCACUGGUACCCUCAGUCAUUUUGAGCACAAUCUUGAGACAUGGAGGCAGCUGUGGAGGGUAAUGGAGAUGUCUGAUGUCAUUCUGCUCAUAGUGGAUAUCAGACACCCAGUGCUGCAGUUCCCUCCUGCUCUGUAUCACUACUUCACUGAUGAGUUAAAGAAGCACAUCAUCCUGGUACUCAAUAAGGUUGACUUGUGCCCAGCACCUCUGGUGUUGGCAUGGAAACACUACCUAACCAAACAGUUUCCCCGCCUGCACUGUGUCUGCUUCACCUCGCACCCAGGACAAACCUACAGCACUGUUCUACAGAAGAGGAGGAUGAGGAAGAAGGCAGGAAAUAACCAGGCAGGAGGACCAAUCCACAUCAUGAGAGCAUGUCAGGAAAUCACAGCAGGAAAAGUGGAUUUGAGUAGCUGGGAGAAGAAGAUCCAAAGGGAUGCUGUUGCCGUGGGAACAGAGGGGGAUUUGACCGAUGAUGGUUUAGAAUCUGUGUUGGUGGAGCAUCAUAGUGACGUUGCCAUGGAAAUGAACAGCCCCACACAAGAACUUUAUAAAGAUGGGGUAGUAACGUUAGGCUGUCUAGGUUUUCCUAAUGUAGGCAAAUCUUCAGUGCUGAAUAGUCUGGUGGGCAGGAAGGUUGUGAGUGUGUCUCGGACACCUGGCCACACAAAAUAUUUCCAAACAUACUACCUCACUCCCACUGUUAAACUGUGUGACUGCCCUGGGCUUGUCUUGCCCUCCCUUGUGGACAAGCAACUACAGAUCCUGGCUGGUAUAUAUCCAGUGUCCCAGCUGCAGGAGCCUUACAGUUCAGUAGGGUACCUGUGUGAACGGACCAACUUCCUCUCUGUAUUAAAGCUGAAACAUCCUGACCAGAGCCCAGGAACACCGCAUGACCCCAGCACGCUGGAUUGGACUGCAUGGGAUGUGUGUGAAGCCUGGGCUGAGAGGAGAGGGUAUAAGACCGCCAAGGCAGCCCGUAACGAUGUCUAUCGAGCAGCCAACAGUCUCCUGCGGUUAGCCAUCGAUGGACGACUGUGUCUAUGUCUGCAGCCACCUGGAUACUCUCAGAGCAAAGAUGAAUGGGAGUCGCACCCAGACCUGGCUGAGAUCAUCGCUCUACAAGGAAGAAAGGAAGAAGAGGAAUGUGGUGAGAGAGAAGACGAGGAGGGUGAAUCCAGCUCAGAGCUGGAGGAGGAGCAUGAUCGAGAUGCGGAUGAUGAUGAGGAAGCUGAUGGAGAUGAUGAAGAUGAUACUGUGAAAGCUGAUAGGAAGGGCCUCACUCUCAACAUGUUCAGUGUGCUAGGAGAGAACGAAUGCGAGUGAGGAUGAGUUCUGUCAUUCCGUUCUCACACAUUCCUGUUGUCAUUAUCAUUCAGAAUCUCCAUUUAUCACUGAUCAGUUCUGUAAUUUCUCUUCAGUCUGCAAUGUGUCAAUCAAGUGACUUGAUAAAGUUUUGAAUUUAAAUGCUACGUAUUUCUCAAUUGACACUCGCGCACUUAUACAGCCCUUAUAAACAACACAUUCCCCUUCUUUGCAUAAUAAUGCAGGUUUUAAAGCAGUUUUGGGUUUUCCAGCAUCUCUGUUUUCCCUAAUUAUCAACAGAACAUUAUUAAUAGAAUUCUUUCUCCUGCAUGCAUCCUGCUUUUCUGAGAGGGCAGAGGGAAUGUCUGUACAACCAGUGAUUGUACAAUCAGUGUAACUAAGCAUUGAUACAGUACAAUCACUUAUUUAUUAUUAAUCUGAUUUAUUAUAAUCUCACAACAGUGAUGCCAAAGGUCAGGUAAGCUCAAUUGCUGUAGGACCAGUUUGACCUCUGACUGUGAGUUGAAGUGAGAAGACAUUGCCAGAGUUGCUCUUGUGUGAAUGUAUUUAACGCUUUAUUUCAGUAUUGCAAAACUCUGCAUACUGGGCAGAACCAGCUGUGUUAGGCUGAUCACUGAAUGGGAGUAAAACAGCCAGACACAAAAAGAAGUUAGGAACACUCAAAGCACUUUUUAAGCAAGAGACAACCAGCACUCUUUUGCUAUUGAAUACUGUAAUUUCUGACCAUAUAGCAGAAACAGUGUCCCCACAAAGUAUUUGGACACUGAAGUCAUGCUUAAAAAUGUCUGAAUGUCAUUGCCUUAGAUACAAAAUAUCAAACUAAGCUUUUCUUAGAACUAACGGAAAUUUCAAUGAUUUCAGUGGAUGAAUGUAGUCAGAUUGUUCAACUAAUUUGUCUUCAUUUUGAGCAAUAUAUUGCUUUUUAAUUUGAAAUAUAACAAAAUUAUUUUGGCUUAAAGUGUUUAUGCUAUACUUCAAAAUGUUAGACACUUUGUUUUAUAUUUUGUUAUAUAAUACAGUGACAUUCACAUAUUGUAAAGUAUGGCCAAAUACAUUUAGCAGCCGCUGUAUACUUUUAUGUAGGUAAUGAAGUGAGGUUGCCGUUUAGGGUUGCAGUGGGAGUGAAUUUGUGCCACAAAAUGUUCUAGACUAUGCAAAAUUUAAAGAGAUAUAAGAAAGCCUGAUAUAUUGUUCUAGUUUCGAAAAAGAUGAGAUUGUAGAACACACAGUACAUACACACUAACAUGCGUCAUUCUUUCGUGUGAAGCCGAAGCUGAGAGUGGUAUUGAAGAACGAGUUUGACUAUAGUUUGUGCACUUUUACUAUAGGACUCAGGUAAUGGGGAUGAUAUGCGCAGAAAUAUCGAUACAAGGCUGCUGGUGUUCUGCUUUUCAGCCUCUAGUCCUGCAUGCUCUUGCUUAGGGAUUUCAUGUGGGGUGUGUUUUAGUUUGUGUGGGUGUAAUAGUGGAUGAAUCACCAUUCUUUCUUUAUUGAGAAGUUAUUUAACUUGACAGAACCCUCUGCAAUAAAAAUGAGCCCUGAUGACGCUAUUC